AUGUUAUCCAGUGAAUCGAAAACGCAGAAUACGUUUAGUAGUACAACGGGGACACGAAAUAUUAUUUUAAAUUUAGAAAUUUCACAAUAUCAGAAUAGAAAGGGCUGUUAUCCUGGAACAGUAUCAGCGGCAUUUUACCUUGCCAGAUUUGUGGAAAACGAUAUGUCAACAAUUCUUGAUUUCAUAUUAACGUCACAAGAUGUUACUAUUGAUUCCAAGAAACUUAGUAGAAUACCAAAAUCUUCUGAUAAAUCAGAAGAAAAGUUAUUAUCACCAUUAAAUUAUGAGAAAUUUAAAAUGGGAAUCCAAUUACGAAUGUUAAAUUUGAUUCACCAAGAGCAUAGAAAAGAAAUUGUUGAAGAGAUUCUACAUCUACAAGAUUGGUUAGAUCAAGAUAUUAUUCUGAUAAUUAAAGAAUUUUAUAUUAAGCUUAAAGAAUACUUAUUCAAGUGGAAAAAUUAUUCAUCAUUUUCAUCUUCGGCGGAAAUAUCUGUUGAAAAUGAAUGA